GACCGAGUUCAGUUAUCGUUUCGCUCGCGCACCGUGCUGAUGUGUUCUCACGUUAGCUCCCGUGUCGUGCUCGUGGAUAAUCAUCAUUGUUGCCCUUUUUCCUUUCUUCGGUAGCCUACUGUAUACGGGUUCCGUUUUUUUGAAUGGUGUUGUAGCAGAGAGACUCUUCGUACUUUAGUGUGAUAGUGUGUGUCGGUGCUCCAUUGAGAGGCAGUGAAAGAACAUCAGCGAAUCAUUCAUCGCGCACGCACACACUGCAAACCGAAACAAUACCUUGUGCAGUGCGCUCUGUGCUUUUUACGGAUUUGGGGGUAGGCAGCAAGCGAGAGUGCUUGUGUUUGAGUGCGCUUUGCGGGCGAGCACUCGCUCUGUGUUUUUGUGUGUUGGUGCUCCCAGAGAGAAGAGUGAUCAGAAGAACAUCAUCAUCAUCAUCAUCAUAAUCAUCACACAAGGAACGAAUCGCGGGGAGUAGCAGAGAGAUAUCAAAAUGGCUACUAGCGAUGAUGAACAUUACCAUCUCUACGAAGUGUUUCAAAAUUGUUUCAACAAAAUCGCAAACAAACAGCCUGAAAAAGCAGGCUAUCAGUCUCCAUAUGGCGGCAUGGACAAUGGCGUGUACACGCCGGAGGAAUAUACUCACGAAAGCCCGGUGUCCGGGGGACAGAGGUACACAUCACCCAAGGCGGGUGGCGGACUGUACCAACCAGAUGCGUACUAUGACGCGCCGGGUGGUUCCUGGUAUCCCUCAUCGUCCAGCGGUGCUUACGCGCCUCAUUCGGCAGGUUCCGCAUAUCACAACGUAGGCCACGGAGCGCACCUCGGUGGACCCCAGCAUAGCCAUGAACAGUACGCAAUGUCGCCGGUCGGCGUUCCCCACAUGGAUGGACAUCUAAGCCAAAAUCAAACACAAGCACUUCCACCGAUGAGCACGUUCCGGGGAAACACCGCCCAGAUACCGCCAAUUGGACCCCAGGGACAGAACUCACCCGCAAUCUACAACGCAAUCGCAGGACAUCACAAUCAGCAUGCACAGCAUAGUCCAAUUGUACAAAAUGACACCCUCGUCGGCAAUGCACUGAAAACGAUGUACCCCACUGAUCAGAGUAUUAGCAGUUACGGUUCAAACCCAACGACACCAGUGAACUCACCUCCUCCACUAACAUCACAGCAGCAAGCGGCAGCAGCCGCCGCCGCAGCCGCAGCCCUCGCCCAACAGCAGUCUUCUGCGGCCGCGAGUAUACACGGCUCCGGAGCGACGGCCGGUUCGUCCAGCGGCGGUGCAGGUUCCUCAGCCACGACGUCCUCCGCGGCAGCUGCGGCAGCGGCAGCAGCAGCAGUAGCAGCGGCCGCUUCCGGUGGACCCUGGCAACAAAUCAACCCUGUGAUCAACAACGGCGCUGGACCGGCUGGAGCGGCAGGAUCCGCGGCUGCCGCGGUGGUAGCGGCCGCAGCUCUCAACGGUCUACCCAACGGUUCCUAUGCCCCCGAACUAGUGCACCGAGGCCUGCAGCACAUGGCAAACUCGCCGGAGAUUCAACCGCUGGACGAUGCGAUUGUGUCGCUGCUCCGGGAACACUCGGAGAACGGAACGGGCACCCGCAUGGAGGAACGCUUGGACGACGCCAUCAACAUCCUGCGGAAUCACUGCGAACCGCAGGUCGGUGUGUCGCUCUCUUCGAUCGAUGCCGGUUCGCCGUACGGUCCGGCCGGGGCCUCGAUCAUUCCACCUGGCACUUCCGGCGGUGGUUCCUCCUCAUCACAGCUGCACGGCCAAGACUCGACCAGUGAUCUACCAGUGACGGCGGCGGCGGCCGUGGCAGCCGGCCUAGUACCAGUGAAAACCGAAAGAUUACCCAGCACACCGGUCGCGAUGAACAGUAAGAAACGCAAAGAACCGCCAGAUUCAGAUACCAAACCCAGCAGUUCCGUACCAGGUUCCACCAAGGGUGCCAAGCGGCAGCGUAAAUAUAAAAAUUCACGUAGUUGUUCCAGUGCUGACGAUGACGACGACGACGAUGAUAUCGAUCCCCUGACGAAGGAUCGAAAGGAGAAGGAACGAAGACAGGCCAACAAUGCCCGCGAAAGAAUACGUAUCCGGGAUAUCAACGAAGCACUGAAAGAACUGGGCCGCAUGUGCAUGUCGCAUCUAAAGUCCGACAAACCACAAACCAAACUCGGCAUACUGAACAUGGCCGUGGAGGUGAUCAUGACGCUCGAACAGCAAGUUCGGGAACGCAAUCUGAACCCAAAAGCCGCCUGCUUAAAGCGGCGAGAGGAGGAAAAAGCCGAAGACGGCCCCAAACUGCCCCCUCACAUACUACACCAAACGCCGUACCCCUCACUACCCGGCCCGCCGCCAAAUCUUCCCCACAACCCCGGGCCACCACAAUAGCAUAAUAACUUUAAUAACCUUAUUCGAAGAUAACACUGCAAGCAGCAUACAUGUACAUAUACUAGAGCAGCGGGAACCGUUGCAACAGCCGCAGCCACCGCAGCUUCUUCAGCAGUAGAAGAAGCAACAGCAGCAGCAGUGUCAAAAUCAACAGUAGUGGGUGAAUCGUGUGAGUGCUGGACGGGUGCCGAUUGGUGGAUGUGGUUGUAAGCGGGAAGAGUGAUUGAAUGGGUGAUCAGAAUGUGAGGAAGGUUUGUGACACUGAUCUGGAAAUGGGAACGAAAUAUUGCGCUAUCCUUUUAAGUAGCUGUCUGUAUUGUCAAUCGGAACGAGUAACGGAUUUUAGAGGAGAGGUAGAUCGAACGAUUCGGGAGGUUAAGGAAUUGAUCGGGGAGAUCGGGAACAGACUAGAAUUGGAGAAACAUACGCCGCGAACCCUUCCUCGUCAUGAGUUCAGUAAAACAACUAGAGAGUGCUAGGUAUUGAAAGUUAGAGAAGCUUAUUUUUAUUGUUAAUGAAGGAAUUAUAACAUCACAUCGAUCAGACUGUGUUUCACAUGUAGGAGUUUCAACUUUUUCAAAAAAUUUCGAAUUGGACAACUGGGGGUUAAGCAGUGUCGUUUUUUUUAACGGGAAUAGGGAUUAUUUUCGUGAACUCGUGUGAACCAAAAAGAAGAAUAAGGUUUGCCAAACAUAAUGGACUAAAUGGAAUGAGAUACUGGAAUUUUGAUCUGCUUGGAAUGUUCAAUUAUCAAUGUAAUCAAAUGUUUCAAACACAUCAAAGUUCGUCAUUGAUAUACAGUCUCUUCAAAAUCAAUAUCUCCUCAAAUUACUGUAUAUGCCUAAGUGAUCCUGUCAUGGAACGAGUCCCAAGGUUCCAAAGUCCUUAUGAGUUUUUACGAAGGGUUUAAAGAACUCCUCGAUGCUUGAUGGACGAAUAACCCAUCCGUUGAUUGUCUUUCCAACAAUAUUCUCCCUUCACCUACUUUUACUUUCCGUACAGUCAGUUUUCUUUCAGUCCAUGUAUUGACAAAUUAUGUGUUGUCAAUUACACAACAAUUCAUUUCCGUGUUACACGUUGUUGACGCACAUUCCAGCGUUUGUGAGGUCAGUGCCGUGAAAUGGCCAGCUGACGACGAACUUUUCUUCCGGACUUUCUGCCUUCUAGUAUUUUCCGCCUUUUGUUUCUUUCGGCCUUUUGGUGUUUUUGAACUCAGAUGCAUCACCGGCCACAAAAGCAUACCGCCUUCUAGUAUUCUGUCUUAUGGUUUGCCACAUUCUGAACUUCUUCCUUUAGGACUCAGCAAAAAUAUCGAUUCAGGGAACUGAA